AUGUGGUCAGUUCUGUCUAUUUUGGCCUCUGAUAAGUGGACCAGCAUUCCCACCCAGUGGAAGACGUUACUUGUGGCAUUUGAAAAGUCCAUCUCUGCCUUGCGUCGUUGCGAGAGACUGAUUGCCUGUACCGAAAAUCGGGAUAUCGAUGGGUUUCUCAGAGAGGCAGAAAACCCGGGCUAUGAGGGGUGGGACCCUUCGAGCUACCCGACUUGGCUGCUGUUGGAAAUUGAAAAUAACAUUACUAUCCGGAAGCGCCAAGUGGAAGUCGCAGCUCGGAUGAUCAAACCGGACUGUGGGGAAAACGCAGUGCUUCAGCUUAACAUGGGUGAAGGCAAGACUUCCGUCAUUACACCCAUGGCGGCUGCAGUGUUGGCCAACGGCCAUGAUCUUCUCAGAAUAAUUGUCUUGAAACCUCUCUUAAGGCAGAGUGACGCGCUUCUUUCUCAGCGGCUCGGGGGUCUGAUCAAUCGACGCAUCUACCACAUUCCAUUUUCGCGACAAACUGAACUUUCUUCUCCCAUAGUCAGCCAGCUCCAGUCCUUAUAUGAGCAAUGUUGCCGCCAGAGGGGUAUUCUGAUUGCCCUCCCCGAGCAGAUGCUCUCAUUCAGACUCAUAGGAUUAGAUGCUGUGGAGAGAAACCCCAAUAUCUUCCCGCCACUGAUACGUCUUGAGAAUUGGCUGCAAAGCAAGUGCCGAGAUAUCAUUGACGAAAGUGACGAAGUCCUGGAUGUUAAGUUCCAGUUGGUUUAUACUAUGGGAACGCAGCAAUCUCUCGAUGGGCUCAGUUGUCGCUGGGAGACGACGCAGAAUUUGCUUCGCCUGGUCUCCAUACAGGCAAAGCGUCUUUGUCAGGAUGAUCCAACUUGCAUCGAGGUUGAUCAGCUAGGUUACCGGUUUCCUAUUUUGCGAUUUCUAAAAGUCGAUGCGAUCGAACGACUGAUCGGUUACACGCUCAAGUCGAUCUCCGAAAAUGGAAUCCCCGGGUUACCAUUUACCCAAUGGAAUUCACGGGUUAAGAGCAGCGUGAUGCGAUUCAUUGAACAUUCUGAACUUGCCAAGGACGACGAAUCUUUCAUCCGGGCAGAAUUUGACGGGAGUGUCUUUAUGACCAAUCUUCUCGUCUUACGCGGACUCUUUGCUUAUCGCAUCCUGAGAUUCUCGCUUGCUGAUAAACGUUGGCUAGUGGAAUAUGGCCUCCACCCUUCCCGGUGUUUAAUGGCGGUGCCAUACCGUGCGAAGGGUAUCCCAUCCGAGAAUUCGGAAUUUGGACACCCUGAUGUGGCAGUGACUCUCACCUGUCUGAGUUACUACUACGAGGGACUGAGGAAAGAGCAACUGAGAGACUGCUUCGUGCUCUUGGCGAAAGAAAAUGACCCUUCAACUGAGUUCCAUAACUGGGUCACGCAGUGUGUCGAUGAUUUACCAGCCGGUUUACGGACAUACUCAGGCGUGAACCUCGAGGACGAUAAGACCUUCACCCAGACUCUGUUCCCCAUUCUCCGCUAUCAGAAAGAGAUAGUUGACUUUUACCUAUCUCGGUUCGUUUUUUCUAGAGAAGCAAAGGAAUUUCCUCGGAAGCUCUCGUCAUCCGCGUGGGAUAUUCCUGCACGGCGUGGCCUUCAACUGACGACAGGCUUCAGCGGUACGAACGAUAACCAGUUUCUGCUACCUCUGUCAAUCCGUCAAAGGGAUCUUGGCGAACUUCUUCACACCAAUGCAAUGGUACUAGGCUUCUUGCUACGAGAGGACAACAGGCAAUGUAUCCUGGCGCAGGAUGAAGAGGGCCGCCAGCUAGAUGUUGAUCGGCUCCUGAGGCUUGUAGUCAGCACCGGUGAAGGCUCACCCACGGCCAAGCCUGUACGAGUUUUUAUUGAUGUUGGUGCCCAAAUUCUGGAGGCCGGGAACCAGUCAGUCGCCCAAAAAUGGCUUGCCAUGACCCCCGAGGGAGAUGUUGAGGCGGCAAUCUUCUUCGACCAAAGUGAUGAAACUAUGGUGAUUGACCGGGAGGGGCAUGUUGAGACUCUCUUCUCAUCUUCGUUCCGACAACGAAUGGGGGCUUGCUUGGUAUUCCUUGAUCAACACCACUCGCGCGGUGUCGAUUUGAAGUUACCACUUGCGACGCGUGCCGCAAUCACUCUGGGGCCAAGACUAACGAAAGAUAGGCUUGUUCAGGGUAAGCUGUGA